AUGACAGAGCAAGAGAAGAGUAACGAGAAUGACUGCUCAGAAGUAGAAGCUUCAGAAGUUCAGUCCAGAGACGAAAACUACAGUGGAAGUUGCGAUGGUUGCAGUUUGGAGAAGGAACAAGAGGACAAUGAGAAUAAUGACUGCUCUAGUAAUAUGGAAGGAGAAAUACACGACGUAGUCAGAGAAGAUGAAAUAGGCAAAGAAAACGAAGAAGAUGAUGAAUUUGAAAGCCGAUUUGAUAUGUUCUACGACUCGAACGGUGCGUCAUCUGAAGAUGACAACUUCAGCUCAUACGGUGAGUCUCCUACAGAAAACGAAGAUUCACCAACGCUACCUCCCAAGAAGAGAUAUCAGAACUUUUCGAUGAGCGGACCUAAAGGGAAUUUGGAGGUUCUACAGUUGGAGAUGUCGUCAAUAGACCUUGCGGUAGGGCAACGAUACGAAAGUAAAGACGAUUUGGAGAGACGACUGAAACUUCUUACAGUGAGGUAUCGAUUUGAUUUUGAUGUAGAAACAUCAACCCCGACAUCAUAUGUUGUUAAGUGUUGGGUUGAUGGAUGUCUCUGGAGAGUUCGUGCUUUUACCCAAGGGGAAUCCCCGACGUUUUAUGUUCGUAUUUACGAUUCGAAUCAUACAUGUCCUUGCACUGAGCGUUCUAAUCGAUCUCGACAAGCAACACCGGAUAUUUUGGGAGAGUUGUACAAGAACUUUCUCGGCGACGUUGGUCCGGCUGUUCGCCUUACGAGUGUCGGAAUAGCUAUCACUAAGCAGUGUGGUGUAAAGAUGGAUUAUUGGAAAUCACACCAGACGCUGAAAUUUGCAAGGGAAAUCGAUGAGGGAACACCUAUGUGUGGGUUUGAAAGCUUGCCUUCUUACUUAUACAUGAUAAGAAGGGCAAAUCCAAGUACAGUUACGCGUCUUCAUAUCGAUGAGCUUGGAAGAUUCAUGUAUGUGUUUCUUGCGUUUGGUGCGAGCGUAAAUGGGUUUCCUUUCAUGCGCAAAGUUGUUGCCGUCAACGGUACGUUUCUUAAUGGUAAAUACAAAGGGACGCUACUCACAGCACUAGCUCAUGAUGGUAACUUUCAGAUUUUUCCAAUAGCCUUCGCAGUGGUUGACACUGAAAAUGGUUUUUCGUGGCAUUGGUUUUUUACGCAAUUAAAACUUUUGAUUCCUGACGACGAGGGUCUUGCGAUAAUCUCGGAUUGGCAUAACUCGAUAGGGAAAGCAAUUAGAAAUGUGUAUCCGUUAACUGCUAGGGGAAUAUGCACCUACCAUUUAUAUAAGAACAUAUUGGGACGGUACAAAGGAAAAGAUGUAUUUUGUCUGGUGAAGAAAGCGGCGAGAUGUUUUAGGAUGUCUGACUUUACUACAAUUUUCGAGGAGAUUGAAGUGGUUACUUCUGCACUCCACGGCUACCUCCAAAGAGCUGAUGUCCGACUGUGGACGCGUGUUCAUUUCCCGGGCGAGAGGUACAAUUUGAUGACUACGAACAUAGUGGAAUCAAUGAACAGAGCAUUGUCUAAUGCUAGAGGUCUUAACAUUGUUCGAAUAUUAGAAUCGAUACGGGUUAUGAUGACCAGAUGGCUUGCUGAACGGAGAGAGGAUGCCAGAUUACAGCCAACCACGCUUACGCGUGGUGUGGAGAAACUACUACAUGGUCGUGUAACUGCCUGCAGAGAUUUGAUGGUACAAAGGAUUGAUGAUCAUCACACUGAAGUUAAAUAUGGAUCUUCUGGCAAGUAUUUUAAUGUUGUUAAUUUAGAAGAGCGAAAGUGCACAUGUCGGCGUUUCGACCGCGAGAAAUUACCAUGUGUACACGCAAUCGCAGCUGCAGAGUACAACAAUGUUUGUCGUAUAUCCCUGUGCAGUCCUUACUAUAAUAGUGCAUAUUUGGUGAGCGCAUACGCUGAAUCGGCCAGGCCGGCUGACUCAGCGCAACCUGUUCCAGAAAUCGUGGCUAACCAACCGUGCUUGCCACCGUAUAUUCGUAAACAACCAGGAAGACCUAAGAAAAAUAGGAUGAAAUCUGCUUUAGAAGUUGCACUUCAAAACAAACGUCCUAGGAAAGAACACACAUGGUCUCGAUGUAAACAGAGUGGACAUAAUACGAAAACUUGUCCAAUGUAA